UAUUUUGUCGUUAUUUUGUCGUGCAAGAAGCAGGACUGUAGAGAUUUUCUCGGCUUAUUUGGCAGUAGAGAGAGAGAGAGAGAGGAAAUCGUGGCGACCAAAAACUAUUACAUCUCUUCCUGUCUCUUCGCUCUCCUUGAUCCACUCGGUCAAAGGGUUUCUCUCUCUUGGUUCUGUAUUUUUUUCUUUAAUUAUAACUAUGGAAGUCUUAAUUUUAUAUGAUUUCCGCGUUUAACCAAAAUCUCCAACGGCAAUAAAGCCUGGAAACCCAAGGAUUCUCCCCAAAACCCCAAAAUUGGACGCACGUCUUCCUUGAGACACCUUCACAAUGAUUUGGGGGUUCUUCCCCUUUUUAUCCGGAGUUCUUCAAGGGAAACCCUACCAUUUUCUUCUCCGCUCAUUUCAUUCCCAAACAUGGCUAACAUGGCUGUCCGUCGUGAGUUUUUCUUUUCUUGAUUCUUUCUUAGGAUUUUUUGAGGUCUUUCGAUUUCCUGAUGGACCCCCGCUUCUGGGUUCUCACUCUCUUGCCGUUUCUGUGAUUUGGAACUCAUGUCACAACCUACCAGGGGUGGUCUCGGCGUCUGGCUAUUCUUGUCUUUGGUGGGUCUUUCCCCUUUUCCAAAACUUGCCCUGUUAAAGCUUCAGAGCUACCUAUGACUCCCCCUGUUUUCAUGGUCUUUUAACAGAACAGAAGUGAAGCCUAGCCGAGACCUUUGGUAUUUUGAUCACACGGUUUACACCAGGUUCUUGAAGGAAGUUAACUUGAUUCAGUUUUGCAUUCUGACCUUUGGGUAAUUGGGUUUCUGAGACAAAGGGGUUGUGCUGCGGGUCUCUGAGUUAAUUACUCUUAAAGAUCCAAACAUGAGUUGCUUUUCGUGUUUUUCAUCCCAUGAAAGGAGAGGAUCCAAGAAAGUAAGCCCCAGCAGGAGGAGUCAAAGCCCUGUAGCCCAUAAAGAACCAGCACCACCACCACCGGCUGCUGCACCGCAGGCACAGACUUUUACUUUCCGUGAGCUGGCCUCAGCAACGAAGAACUUCCGGCAGGAAUGUUUAGUGGGUGAGGGUGGAUUUGGAAGAGUCUAUAAGGGGAAACUCGAGAAUACUGGCCAGAUUGUAGCCGUGAAGCAACUGGACAGAAAUGGAUUACAAGGAAACAGAGAGUUUCUUGUUGAGGUUUUGAUGCUGAGUCUCCUCCACCAUCAAAAUCUGGUCAAUCUCAUUGGUUAUUGUGCUGACGGAGAUCAGAGACUCUUGGUGUAUGAGUUUAUGCUAUAUGGUUCUCUUGAAGACCAUCUACUUGAUAUUCCACCAAACAAAAAACCACUAGGAUGGUUUACAAGAAUGAAAAUAGCUUCAGGUGCUGCUAAAGGUUUGGAGUAUUUGCACGAUAAGGCCAACCCUCCUGUUAUAUAUCGAGAUCUGAAAUCAUCCAACAUCUUGCUAGGCGAAGAUUUCCAUCCAAAACUUUCAGAUUUUGGCCUUGCCAAGCUUGGACCUGUUGGAGAUAAGACACAUGUGUCAUCACGUGUGAUGGGGACAUAUGGUUAUUGUGCCCCGGAGUAUGCAAGAACUGGUCAGCUGACAUUGAAGUCGGAUGUAUACAGUUUUGGAGUUGUUUUAUUGGAGCUAAUAACUGGACGAAGAGCCAUUGACACCACAAGGCCAACAGAGGAGCAAAACCUAGUUUCUUGGGCACAACCCUAUUUCAGAGACCCAAAAAAUUUCCCAGAGAUGGCUGACUCACUCCUUCAAGGGGACUUCCCAGUGAGAAGUUUGAAUCAAGCAGUUGCAGUAGCUGCUAUGUGUCUUCAAGAGGAAGCAUCAGUUCGCCCCUUAAUGAGUGACGUUGUCAGUGCUCUCAGUUUCCUAUCAGUGGCUCCUGAAGAGCGAGUACCUUCACCUUUUCCUGUUUCACAUUCACCAUCUGAGGAGAAAACACCAAGUGAGUAUGAGGAGAAAUCACCAAGUGAGGAUGAAGACAGUGCAGAAGAACGUCAACGAGCUGUAGCAGAAGCUAUGGAGUGGGGUUCAAAUUCAAGAGAAAACUACAAUAGAGGUCGGGAUGGAAGUAUUUCUUCAUUGUAAAAUAUAUCCAUCCUGUCCUCUGAUAAUGAUGAGUAUACCAAAAUUCAUUCAUGGUCCUUUCCUCUACAAAUCUCUUAUUUCUCUCAGUAUAAGAAUCAUAUAUUGGUCAAAAGGUAGCACUAAGUGAUUAACCAAGGAUCAAUCUAUACAUGGGAAACAGGAUUUCAAGUGAGGUUCACUUCUCCGGCCAUUUUAUGUCUACUCCAAGUUUUGUGAAAGGUAGAUGAAUCAAAGAUUUCAAGUGAGGUUCGCUUCUCCGGCCAUUUCAUGUCUAUUCUGAGUUUUGUGAAAAGUAGAUGAAUUUGAUACAACUUGGUUUUGGAUUCCAACCCAGCAGUGCAUCUGUUGAACACUCAAAUGUUACCUUGAAACCAUAGCAUGCGAAGUUAUGCAUGCAUAAUUGCACCAAUGGGCUACUCUUAUUGGCACAUUAGCCGGAAAAUGAAAUAAAAUAAUAAACAAUUGUUUGUAUUUA